ACUUUGCUUCCGCGUAAUCUGCUCGUGCUAGCAGUCAUAGCGAGUGAAAUAAGAAAAACUAAGCUGGUGAUGGUGUACAAAACUGCGGAUUAAUAUACUUUUAUCAACUACUUUGAACAAAUCUAAAAAUGUCUUUUCCAGAAACACUACCUGGUUAAAAAAAAUAUCCAGUAGGUCCUGUAACUAAUGGCGUUUCCUCAACCCAAACCUCAGCCUCCUCAGCUUCCUCAGCAUCUUCUGAGGACCAUUAACUGUCAGCAAGGAGCUGUGAGAGCCGUUCGCUUCAAUGUGGAUGGAAACUACCUGUUGUCUUGUGGCAGCGACAAAUCCCUUAAGCUGUGGAGCGUCGGCCGAGGGACGCUGUUGAAGACCUACAGCGGUCAUGGAUAUGAGGUUCUGGACGCUGAUGGUUCCUAUGACAACAGUCAGCUUUGCUCCUGCAGCUCUGACAAAUCUGUGAUUCUGUGGGAUGUUGCUACGGGUCAGGUCACACGCAAGCUCAGAGGACACGCUGGGAAAGUUAACUGUGUGCAGUUUAAUGAGGAGGCAACGGUCAUCUUAUCUGGCUCCAUAGACGGCACAGUGAGAUGCUGGGACACGAAAUCCAGAAGAAACGAGCCCAUCCAGGUCCUAGAUGAGGCUCGCGACAGCAUAAGUAGCCUUAAAGUUUCACAACAUGAACUGCUCACUGGGUCGGUGGACGGCAGAGUGAGGCGUUACGACCUGAGGAUGGGACAGCUUCACGUUGACCUCAUCAGCAGUCCCAUUACAUGCGUGUGUUUCAGCCAGGACGGGCAGUGCACCCUGAGCUCCAGCUUGGAUUCAAAAGUGCGACUUCUGGACAAGAGCACUGGGGAAAUGUUGGGAGAAUACACUGGGCACAAGAUGAAGGGCUACAAGUUGGACUGCUGCCUGUCCAGUAAAGACACCCACGUGUUGAGCUGCUCAGAGGACGGACACGUCUACUGCUGGGACCUGGUGGAAGGAUCGUUGUCGUUAAAGCUGCCGGUGGGAAAAGCAGUCGUCCAGUCGCUGUCUUUCCACCCUACAGAGACCUGCCUCCUCACUGCCAUGGAGGGCCGCGUUCAGGUGUGGGGGGCACAACCAGAGGAGGCACAACCAGAGGAGGCACAGGACGACACCCCGGUCAGUUAGAAUGGCUGAAUGGACUUGACUUCCUCUAGUAGAGACACAAAAUAUUGUAACAUGAACUAAAGAAGUUUCCUUAUUUUCUGAUAUCCAACAUCUCUCCUUGUAAGCACAGGGCUUUUCGUCUGGAAUUUGCUCUAAAUUAAGAAAAUAUGGGACCUUUUCUUGUAGUAAUCCUGUCAGACAUGAUACAUUGGAACCUUUGAAGUGUCAUUAAAAAAAAAGACCAGUAUUUCUUUUUUUUAUUCAAUAUCUGAUAAUGAUCUGUGUUUCUUUGGUCAGUCAGAGAUGUAAAUAUGAGCAAAACAAGGUGCUGAGCUAGAACUCAUAAAAUACUUGAUCAAAGGAAAUAAUCACUCUUGUUUUUGGGGUUAUUUGCUUCUAUCCAGGUUUGCUUGACAGUGAAGGUGAAGUCGUCAAAAUAGUAGAGACAAGACACUGGGAAAGUGGAAAAUAUGCAGAUCAAUUCUGACUGUUUUGAAUAUAAAUUUGUCAUCAACCACAAUAUUUGAUUUUAAAAAAAUGUUUACUACAGUAAUGUAACAAAGUGAAUUGACGUUUUUCUAUAUCCGGACUGCCCCCCCUAUUUUGUUAACUAUCUAUUUUUACUAUAUCUAACCUGUGGUAAUACAGUUUAUAGCAGGCAAACUUUGUAAACAGAUUACUACAAAAAGAAAUGCAAAUUUCAAGAAUUAUACCCAUUUAACUAAUAUAAAGUAUUACAUUAUGCAUAUUUUAAAAAUUCAGCUUGUUUAAGGCAUGUUGACACAGGAUGGUGGAUUUUGAUCCAAUACAAAACACAAAAACAAAACACCACAUUGUAUCUUUGUAUUUGUUGAUGUAAACCGCUCAGAAAAGGGAUUAUUUGAUAGAAAACACAACACACAGCAUUAAUGAAACCACAUCAUGUUUAAUGCAUUUUACAGUAACUGAAAAAAAGAAAAGAAAAAAAAGUACAUUUUAAUUAAACGUUACUCCAUUGCAAAAUAAAUUAAUCUGAUCUAAAAAAAAAAAAA